ACGCCGCUGUUGCCCUUUCCGGAGAGCAGGAGCAUGCGUGUGAAAAAAAUCAGACUCUUUAGUAUCCGUGCUUGUAACCACGUGGAUACCACGUACAGACAGUCCAAAUAUGCACUUUUUAUUUAUUUUUGACUGAUAUAUACAUAUAUACUAUAUAACAUUCACGAAUUGAUAAUUUUUUUUUGUUUAACUUACGCUCAAAAUUAUGUUCGACUAACAUUGAACUUCGACUAUAUGAUAAAAAAACGAAGGAAUGUUGGACCUGAUAUCGAUAAUAAUGGUAUACUUGAAAAACACGAUUUUGAAUGUAUGGCAUUAAAGAUGACGCUGAUCGAAGGAAAAGGAGAAUUCAAUUAUAAUAGAUACCAAGAAAAUCUUCAUAUAAUGCUCUCUUUAUGGGAAGAGAUUGCAGAAUUAGCAGAUUUUAAUAAGGACGAUAUAGUGACAAUAGAGGAAUUCAAGGAAGCCGUUCAAAGAAGUUGCGUCGGUAAAGAUUAUCGAGAUUUUCCACAAGCAAUGAAAAUGUUUAUAGACAGUCAUUUCAAGAUAGUUGAUUUAAAUGACGAUGGUGUCAUUGCUGCUGAUGAAUUUCGAUACAAUUGCGUUACUAGAAUAGCCGUGGAUAACGUGAAUAUUCUCGAUGAAGCUUAUCAAAAUCUUCUCAACGACGACGAUAGAAGACGUGGCGGUUUAACUUUAUCACGAUAUCAAGAGUUAUAUGCACAAUUCUUGGGCAAUCCUGAUGACAACUGUCCAGCAGUGCAUCUAUUUGGUCCUUUACACGAAUUGUGUUAACAAAUUAUUGAAAAAUUAUAGUAACCUUUUUGUGCGUGCACAAAAGACAACGUAUUUAAUUUAAUUAAAAUAUGGGAAAAAAUAAUUAUAACACAUGAUACAAACAGGAGAGAAUUUAUUCUUAAUGUGUUAACAACACAAUUCUCUCUCCGUUAGCUUUGGUACCCUUAACACGCUGUUUAUUACGAUGGAUUAAUUUGAUGCCUAUCCACUUUAUUUAAUGUAUUGCAGAUUGAUCUCAAAACCAUCAAUGAUAUGCAAUCUCUUAGAAGGGUUAUACAUUGUUAAGCGAAUCCAAAUAUAUUACUUCUCAUAUAUUAUCAGGCGAUAAACAUUUAUAUUGGAUUUGCGAUAUCAUUCACACAUCGAAUGUAUACUUUACAUAGAAUAUUGAAUUUACAUAAGAUAAUCAACAAGAUAUACAAAUUUAAAAGACAGAAUAAUACUCCGUCCUCUUUUGGAGCAUUCAUCUGGAUGUAGUAUAUCCUAGUAAUAUUUUUAAAUGUAUCGACUAACAAUUUCACCUAUUGAGUUUGUAACAUGUCUAUUUACUGUUUGUAGUUAGUAUAAAAGUUAUAUUUCAUAUAAAAUUUAUAUACUUAACUUUGUGAAAAAAGUUACAAAUUCUGAAGGAAAAAGCAUCACAAACACCGUGUAAUAUACUCGUGUAAGAUUAAUUAUUCAUUCGUCAAUUUUUCAUUUACAACCAAACAAUACUGCAAUAAGUCAUACUACGUAUCGCAAAACAGAAUAUCUAUAAAGUGAGUAAUUAAAUUUACUUACUAAAAAA